AUGAUACAGAUAUUCGUAAAUCCACUGUCUGGCUUUAUUAUCGACAGAGUCGGUUAUGAGAUUCCGAUGGUCGUCGGACUAGCCGUUAUGUUCAGUUCUACUGCUAUCUUCGCACUUGGUCGAAGCUAUGGUGUGCUAUUCUUGGCCAGAUCCUUGCAGGGUUUCGGAUCAGCCUUCGCGGACACCUCUGGCCUGGCAAUGAUCGCCGACCGAUUCAGUGAAGAAAGCGAACGAUCAGCAGCACUUGGAAUAGCCUUGGCUUUCAUCUCCUUUGGCAGCCUAGUAGCCCCACCAUUCGGUUCCGUACUCUACUCCCUUGCC